AUGACUACUUGGAGAAAUCAACAAGGGAAUGGUUAUCAUCAAGAGGGUCAGUGGCGAUCCUUAUCUUGUAACGGAAAACCGUCGUUGGAUAAUCGUUUUUUGGUACCAACGGUGCCUUCGUGGGAAAAGAAGUUCUGUGCUUCGGUUGGUUCAGUUCCAUGGGGGAAGAUAGUGGAAAACAAGAGGUAUAUGUAUCUGCAUGACAAUGUGAUGAACUGGGAUGAUUCUGCUGUCAAAGAGGCGUUUGACAAUGCAAAAUACAGGUUUUGGGCUGAGAUCAAUGGCUUUCCUUAUGAUAUACCGUUGCCGGAUCCUAAUGUUUAUAUCGACGAUGUAGAUUCGAAUGCAAGCGUUGAUACUGAACUUUAUUUGGAUUUGGAAAGAGAAUUAGAUGUUACAAAUGUGGAAGAAAAAGGCGAGGAGGUUGUGAUUUUCGGGGAUUCUUUUAUAUUGAAUCAGUCCUUUUCGGGUCCGGGAUGGGGGGACGAUGACGAAGAAACAAAGCCUUUUGAAACAAACUAUGAGGCUUUAGGAUGGGAAUCAAACCAGCAUCAAAAUAAUGAAACCAACUCGUGGGAACAAUGUGCUGCUUUGGUUGAUAGUCGAAAUGUUUCUGAGGAAUGGAAUUGGAGGGAGGGAUAUGGUGGUGACUUGUGUAACAAGUAUCAACAAGGAAGAAAUGGUGGGAAUGGAUAUAACUAUAACAGAAACAGAGAAAAUAACAUGACAUGGUCUAAGAACCAGGGAUAUCGUCAUGGUACGAACGAGUAUCAGAUGAAUCGAGGAAGAAGAAAAAAUCAAGGAGGAGGAGGAAGGAGGGGAAAUUCUGCUUAUAUGGAGAAGUGA